AUGGAGAACUUCAACAAAUAUUGUCAUCUUCAUAAAAACAAGUUACUCAAUAGAAUCUGCAUAGCUCCCUAUGAUUAAAAAAGAAAAUAUUGUUUACUUUGUCAAUUUUUACAUCCAGCCUCAUCCAAUUAAUUUAUUUCCAGUUUUGAAUUUUAAGAAAAAUAUAUCAACGAGGUUAAGAAAAAAAUUGAAUAAUAUAAAAAAUCUAAUUAAUCUAAUAUCAAAAAAUUUGUAAGUAUUAAGAAAAACAUAGAGAGUGAGAUUGAAAGGAUAUAAAAAAAGUUAGAUUAAUUAAAAAAAUAUUUCAUAAAUUUAGAAAUUACACUCUCAAUUUAUGAUAAUCUAUUAUAGAGAUAUUUAGAUCCAGAAGAAUUUUCAUCUAGUGAUUUGAACAAAAUUAUGGAGUUAAAAGAUGGAAAGGAAUUAAAUAAUUUUGAUUUAUAAUAAAAAUCCCUUCUUAUCUAAUUGAAUAAAAUUCAAUCUUGUUUAGUUGAAAACAUAAAAACUUUCAAUAAUAAUUUAAAUGAAGACUUAAAAUAGCAUUUAAGUAGAAAAUAAUAUGAAGGAAAAUUAUGGAAUGAUAUACAAAAAAGAUUUACAUAAAUCUAAUUUGAAAUUUUAUACAUUUCUGGUUAAAAGAUAAAAUAUCUAGGAAAUGAUGGUUAAACUCUGAGAAUGUAAUAAAUUUAUUGCUAAAAUAUGAUAGAUAAAAAACUGUAGGCCUCUCAAACUAGACUGAAAUAUUAACCAAUUAUGAAUAAAUCAAAUAUCUGUAAUGGGAUGGAGAUUAUGGAGAAGAUAUGAGAAGGAAUGGUAAGUGGACAGCAUUCUGGAAUAAAUAAGUCCUCUCAAAUGUUGGAGGUUAUUACUGUUAUGGAGUCAAGAAAGGGUUGUGGAUGGAAUGUGCAAAAAAUUUUUGUAUGAAGUUAUUAUUUAUUAUUAUUAAAGUCAAGCUUUCGUUUUUGAAAUAGGAGAGUACAAAAAUGAUUUUAGGAUAGGAAACUGGAGUUAUGAAUUUGAAAAUUAAAGGAUGUAUCAAUUUAUAAAAUUAAAUGUAGUAAAGGUGGAUCUUACAAUAUAUAUUCAGAAAAGAAUGGAAAAUGGAUGGAAUUGAGUGAGGGAUUUUAUUUCUAUUCUUAAAUCUCUUAUGUUGGUGAAUAUUAAAAUAAUAAAAAAGUUGGUAUUUGGGAAACCUGGUAUAAAAAUCAUGUUAAAGAUUCAAAAAAUUAAUAAAUGUAAAAUAUUAAAAAAUAUAUAGUACGAAUUUUUUAGUGGAGGUGGAUCUUAUUUCAACAACAUUAAAUGCGGGAAAUGGAUUGAGUUGAAUGUAGGUUUUUAUGAGUAUUCUUAAGUAACGUUUAAUGGUGAAUAUAAAAUUGGGAAAAAAAUUGGUAAAUGGGAUAUUUGGUACAAGAAACGAGUAGAUCAAUAGAAUUAAUUAAUGUAAAUAUCAUAAUAAUUUGAUAUUUAUUAGAGGUGGGGGAUCAUAUAAUGCAAGAGGCGAUGGUAUGAAGAUUGGGUAUUGGGUAGAGCUGGCUGAUGGGUUUUAUGAAGAUUCAUAGGUUAUUAAUAAUGGUGAAUAUAAAAAUGGUAAGAAAGUUGGUAGAUGGGUUAUGUUGUAUAGGAAGGGUGAGGGAGAUUAAUGGAAUUAAUAAGUGUAAGAUAUUAGAAAAUAAAAAGCUUUAUUUUUUAGUGGUGGAGGAUUAUAUAGUGAUGAUAUUAAAAUAGGACAGUGGAUUGAGAUAAGUGAUGGGUUUAGGAAUAUUUCAAAAGUAACAUAUAAAGGUGAAUAUGAAUAUGGUCGCAAAGUUGGUAAAUGGGAUAUUUGGUAUAUGAAAUAUGAAGGAGAUUAAAAGAAUGAGUAAAUGUAAAGAAUAAAAUAUGUGGGUAUUUUUAGUGGUGGCGGAUCAUAUGAAAAAGAAGGUGAAGGCAAUAAGAUUGGAUAUUGGGUAGAGAUAAGUGAUGGAUUUUAUGAGUAUUCAUAAGUGACUUAUUGUGGUGAUUAUAGAAUAGGUAGAAAAGUUGGUAAAUGGGAUAUUUGGUAUAGGAAGCAUGAUGAAGAUUAAAGGAAUAAAUAAAUGUAAAUAUUCAAAAUUAAGUUUAUGUUGUGUAGGGGUGGAGGACAUUUUGAAGAUGGAAUUAAGAUUGGGAAGUGGAUUGAAUUGAGUGAAAAAUUUAGGAAGAUUUAAUAGGUCAUAUUUUAGGGUGAUUAUGCUCUUGGUUAAAAGGUUGGUAAAUGGGAUAUACUGUACAAUGAGGAAGAAAAAUUUAAAAAGAUGUAAGAUAUUAAAAAAUUAAAGUAAAUUUUAGUGGUGGUGGAUCAUAUGAUAAUGGCAUUAAAAUUAGUAAAUGGAUUGAGUUGAGCGAAGCAUUUGGGGAUUAUUCUUAAGUCAUGUAUAAAGGUGAAUAUAAACAAGGUCAAAAAUUAGGUAUUUGGGAUAUUUGGUAUAGGAGAUAUAUUGAUGAGCCAUAUAAAUUGAUGUAAAAAUAACAAUAAUAAAGAGUGUCUGUCAUAGUGGUGGAGGAUCAUAUGAUCAAUUUUUUAAUGGAUAUAAGAUUGGGUACUGGGUAGAGUUGAGCGAAGGUUUUAAGGAUUAUUCAUAAGUCACUUAUAAAGGAAAUUAUAAAGACAAUAAAAAAGUUGGUCGAUGGGACAUUAGUUAUAGAUACAAUGUUAAAUUACCUUUUCAAUAGAUGUAAAAUAUUAAUAAUAUAGGAUAAAUGUUUAGUGGAGGCGGAUCAUAUGAUAAAGGAAUUAAGAUUGGGAAAUGGAUUGAUUUAUGCGAUGAUUUUAAGGAUUUAAACUAAAUUAUUUAUAUCGGUGAAUAUAAAGAUGGUAAAAAAGUAAGUAUUUGGUUGGAAAUUGAUAGGAAGAAAAAUGA